GACUAAAGUUAGUAGUAGGUGAAUCGGUCUGUAAAUACAGAAUUUGCCACGGUAGAGAACUACGGUAAAAUACAGAAAAGUGCAGUGGAACUAAGGUUUGCUUUGCUAUGUUAUAGCGAGUAUUUUACCGUGCUUGAUGUACGUAAAGUGAGGAGAUGUGAUGUGAAUGAAUCCCAUUUCUCGUUUUAUUUUACGUUAUUACAGAGACAGACAUAGAAUCAAGUAGACUCGUUAGUUCUUCUUUAAUGAUGGUGAUGAGAGAGGAUUCGGUAAUGUGGUAUUUAAAAUGGCAGAAUUUUUUACAUUUGAACUGAAUCUGACUAAACGUUAAAUGAAAUUGGUGAGAUGGAUAGAAUUUAGUUUUUGACGAAUGUUAUUUUAAUCUUUGUGUAAGUGUAAAUCGGUAAAGAAAAGUGCAGAGUUUUAUUAUCGGAGUGAAAAUGUGACAUUUUAUUUGUGUUAAGAAAUGUGUGUGAAAUGGAAUGGAACUUUCACCCAGUAAGGAUAAGGCAAUAUAACGGAUCUGAUUAAGCAAACUAGUGCAAUAAACGACCCGGUGGUGGUGACCUGUUGAGGCACACCCACCCAUCUUCACCCACAAUAAUGUCUUCUUCUAAAGUGGAAGAAUUGGAAUUAGAAAUUUCCCGACUGACCCGAGAACUUGACCAAACUCAAUCAGAAAAGGUCCAGGCAGCCGAAUAUGGGAUAAAUUUACUCGAAGAAAAUUCCAAAUUAUCUUCCAGACUUGGUGACUUGGAGGACUUGUAUGAGGUAACCAAGAAUGAGCUCGAGAUAAUGAAAGAUGCCUUAUCAAAGACAACGCAAACACAUAAAAUCACGGAAAAAUCGGGUAUUCAGCAUGAAGAAAGUUUGCUCUCAGAAACGGCAGCGUUGGAAUGUUCACUCACGACACAAAUUACUAAUUAUGAGGGUGAACUGAGGCUUACCAAACAAGAACUUGAACGAUUAAAAGCAGAACGUGACCGGCUAAUCACGGAAACUUCUGAACUUCAAACGGAGGGUGAACUCACUCACACGGAACGAUCCGCGUUAAAACGAGAACUUAAAGAAAUCAAGUCUCGUGAAGGUCGUCUCUUGAAGGACUACUCUGAAUUAGAAGACGAGAAUUUAAUGCUUCAGAAACAAGUCUCCUCCCUUCGCUCGUCUCAGGUCGAGUUUGAAUCUGCAAAACAUGAGAUUUCUCAACUCAUGGAGACCGAGGUCGAACUUCUCCGUCAAGUCGAAGAGCUCGCUGCGUUAAAACGUAUCGCGGAAAAACAAUUGGAAGAAGCCCUCGAAGCGUUGCAGGUAGAGCGUGAAAAUCGCUACUGCCUCAAAAAAGAGUUGGACGCCAAGAUUAAUUCGGAAUCCAUCAUGAACCUGUCCAACCUUGCGUUGAGUUUGAGAGGCGGCGUGCACGAUGAAAUGAACGACUCUGACAGUGAGAAUGACGAUAAGAUGGUAUCCUCCAUGUCGCACGACUCCACUCCCGGCGGUGGGGAAAAGCAGGUCGACCUCUUCUCUGAAAUCCAUCUCAACCAAAUGAAGAAACUCGAGGGCGAGAGGAACUCUCUGACCAAAAGUCUUAAAGAAAUCCAAGAUUUGUCCGACAAGAGCAAAGGUCAAGUCGUCCUCCUUCAAGCUGCCCUCACCACGAUCGUGUCACAUAUCGAUGCUCUCAAUUCGCUGAAGGAGAAAACUAGUCAGAAAAUGGUGGACGGUAAAACUCCAAAGCUCUCCACCUACGAAGGUUGGUACACAAUUUCCGCUAAGGAAAUCUCCCAGCUAAAGGCGUCCCUCGAAGCGUUGGAGAAAGCGGACUCGUCGCUUAUUGCGGAUGUAGCCGCCGUUCUAAAAUCUGAGAUGACGAGCAUGAAGGAAAAACUCCUUUCUUCUGAAAUGACGAUUCAAGAAUUCGAAAUUGACCUCAGAUCCAUGGACGAGGCUGCCGCGGAUGCUCACAAAACACUCGAUUCGACCCAGUCAGAUUUGAACAUGGUUUCCGAAGAGUUGGCUAAUCUUUACUAUAAAGUGUGCAAUGUGCAAGGCGUAACGCCGCAAAGGGUCAUGUUAGAACAUAUGGAUAAAGACGGAAAGAUAAACUCUCCAGCUAAAUCGAUGGGCUUUCAAGGCAACAACUUUCUCCAAGGUUUGCUGGGUAGAUUGCGUCCUAAAAAUCAAUCCCCGUCCGGAAAUUGGGAGGGCGAUUUGACAUUCACGAAACAAGUGGAAACCAUUUCAGACCAGGUCAAAACGCUACGUGACACCGUUCUAACUGCCGUUGCUGCGGGUCGUGCCGCUAUUGAGGCGCAUGUCGUCACUCCAGGCAUGGACAGCGGAUAUGAAAGUAUCGGUACCCCAUCCAUGGAAGAGCUUCAAAAGCAGAUUUGCGAAUACAGAUCGCUUGUCGAGGCAAAAACUGAGCAGAAUUCUGCCCUCAGAAGUGUCCUAAAAGCAAAUAAAGCCGCCGCGGAGAAAGCAUUGUCAAACUUGAAGGGAAAAUACGACGCUGAGAAGACCAUCGUGUCAGAAACCAUGGUCAAAUUAAGGAACGAGUUGCGACUCUUGAAAGAAGAUGCGGCCACAUUUUCCACACUUCGAGGUUCUUCUCUUUCCCAUCGCAACAAUUCAAUCUUUUGUUUGAGAUCAGCCUUUCUUUGCUGAAGAGUAUUGAUCUGAGAAUCGACGUCAGAUAAUUCCAUCUCGAGAUCUUCCAAUUCGUCCCUCGAGCUGAGUAUUUCACUCUAAAAAAUACAUACAUCUAAUUAACGCAAUGCAUAUCAAUUAUUUUAAUGGAUAAUUAUAAAUCUUACGGGAUCUCUUUUACGGAACUUGCUCGUCCACCAUACUUCCUCUCUAGAAACAAACCCUUCCAAUUGUGGCAAUGUCUCGAGGUGAUCCAAAAUUUCAGUGAGGAAAGGGUUCACUUUUUCAUGAGCACGAUUAUUGGAGAUCUAAUUUUAAAGUAUCGGACUGUAAUAUUAUGACUGAAUGUUCAUGAUAAUGUUUAUAAAAUUAUUUACCGAGCCAGCUACAUUUAUAAUGUGUCGUCUAAUCUUCUGUUUCACGUUAUUCAUGGAGUGGUUGGACUUGCCAGGUCCAAACGAAAAUUUAGCCAUGGGUUUCAAUCCCAUUUGUUGCAAUUCCUUACUAAAUAGAAAACAUUUGCAUACAACGAGAAAGUAAAGUUUUCGGAAAUAAUAACGUAAAUUUAUGUUUUGCAUACAUAUCUGAACACUGCUGACGACUAAUUAUCCGCUUUAUUGAAGCAUAUUUGAUUGAUAACCAAUCUGUCCUUCCAACCGCAUAUGCAACCACACGGGAUGGCGUCACAUUUUCCUCUGUGUAGGUCAUGUCGUCAGUCCAAGGCAUAAAAGUAUUUUGGUGGGCGUAGUCGCUGACGUCGGAUAAUUUUGCAUGAGAGUGGAUUUUGUUGUGCAUAUCCGUCUCAUGUUUGUUUUUUGCUCGUUCAGUUGCGAAAACACAGGAACAAAAUCUAUGAAAAGAGGAAACAAAUUAGCAUGUAAAAUAUGUAUGCAGUUACAUAAAAUAUAAAAUAAUUCCUCUCACGAGCAUUGAACUAUAUUCUCUGGAUUAUGGCGUGUAUUCAUAUGUCUGGAUCGGUCUGAUGCAAGCAAAAUGUGUCCACAUUUUUUACAUGCUCUUCAUUUUCUUCACCAAUUUUGCACGAUCCGCUUCACAUCUCGCAACUCUUUCAUUCUCUAAUCCUGUACAUGCCAUAUAAAAGUACUUUGGCUUAUUCACUUUCAUAUCAUUUUAUUAUAUGCAUGCAUACUUUUAAAAAACUCUCCGUCAAUUAUGCAGUCCUGUGGCUCAUCAUCAGAUUCGUCAUCAUCAUCAUCAGAGUUGUCGUCAUCAUCAUCAUCAUGAGGUGGUGGUGGUGAAGGGGGUGUGACUUCUCGUCUCUUUUUACGAGGUGUAACCUCUUCAGGGGAAGAACUUUUAACUUUUGACCGUGUGGUGGGGGCCAUUGUAAACUGGGGUCACUUUACUCAGACCGUGCAGUUUUUAGAAAUAGACAGAAUUAAAUCACACAUAUAUUAUUGUUGUUGACUGUUGAUAAGCCACGAAGCGAUAAACUAUAAAUCUAAAAACAAACCACAAAUUAAAAUUAAUAACUCUGAGGAUGAAA